AUGUCGAGUCUACGACGUCCUCCUGGUCCAGUGCGUCAGUUGUCGCUGCAGCAGCCUCCGCGACGUCAACAAGUACGACGUCAGCGAUCGGCUGAGGACGACAACAAGCCACUGCAGGUGUUCGCGAAUCCGAUACGAAAUCGGCUUCAGUGUCAAGAUGGAAAGGUGGACCCGGGUCGUCCGAAGGUGCGGGUUGCGUGGGACGAUGACAACCAGGAGUCGGUGGAGAACGGGGUGGCGGUUAUCGCGAGGCAGAUACCAGGGAAGCCGAGACCACCAACGGCGAGGACGAAGGUCACCACUCGUCCAGCGAUAAGCGAAAAAGCCACGAUUCUAUACUCGAGACAAGAAUUGGCCGAGAGGUUACGCCUCGCGUGGAAACAGCGAGAAGAGAACAGAGCCAACAUCGAUAUAUUCCUUGCCCAAAACGCCGUCGAAUCAAACUGCGACUCAAGGCCAUCGUCCUGCGCGACUUCCGCACCAUCCUCGGGAAUAAGAAGACGAGAACCGAUCGCCGAUCCGCGGACCAACAGGAUAAGCUCUCGAGUGACGCCGAGCAGUGAAACAAGGAUGUCAUGCACAUCCGUAACGAUGACACCUGAGAAAGCGUCGCACCAAGAAGAAAACAUCGUUGCAAGUUUAAAACCAUCACCUAGUGUUCUGCAAGAAUCGGAGAACGGAUCAGUCAUCACCGUGGCAAAAGUCCCGACGGAUGCUCUUAUGGAAAAGCUUGAAAUAUCCAAGGAAAGAGCAUCUGAUCAGGGUUCGAUUCCUGUUCAGUCAACUUCCAAUUCAGACACCAUCGAUGCAGUUGCGGUUUUUGUCGACGUCGAGGAGGGCAGGACCAGUCUUCCAGAUGAUGGCAAAAUUUCAGCGAACCGAGAACUGCCGCAGAAGGAUGGCGAUGAGCAUCAGGACGUGGUGGAGGGGGAGCUGAGAGACGAUGGAGACGUGACGGUAGAUGAUGUGCCCUCUUCUUUUUGCGUUCCGAAGAAGACGGACCAAGACGCCGGUGGCGUCAAGGAGUCAUUAACGUCAUCGUCGACGAUAAGCGCGAAGACUAAGCGAGCAAAUUUUUCAAACAAUACGCUUCACUUGCAAAGAAUUUCGACGAACGGAUCAGCAACAACAACAGCAUCAAUUACUCCUGGACAAAGUACAACAGAGCGGCGAGAAAGAAGUCAAGUCCCGACUCAGAUCACUAGGGAGCAUAAUUACGGUGUUAGUGGUGUAAUGUCAACGGUAGAAACGGGCCGAAUGCGGCGAACAAAUUCGGCACCACCGGUCCAGCAUCGUCGACAAUCAUCUGGUGCCCAGAGCGCAGGACCAGGUGGUAGAACCCAUGUCAGCAUAGUAAUCGACGCGCCGUCAAUCGGGCCAUCGUCUUCGUCAUCGCAGGAAACGAAGGCAGAAUUGGGGGCAGCGGCCGAAGCGCUGUUGAAAGGAUCACCCUCAAUUUCCAAUCGGGCGAUAAAAUCAGCUCCGAUAAUAAAAAGGCGAGCGAAAAGCGGCAAGCGACGAUCGGGCGGAAGUGGUGGAGGCAGGAUAAGCGACGGGGGUGAAGAAGAGGCCCAGAAUUCGGACGGUAAGUCCCGACGUUCUGGGGGACGAGGACGACCCUCGCUCCAGACGAAGGUCCCCGACGUUGUCACGAUGGUGUCUCUCGUCAGUUCGGCCGACAGCGACAGCGACAUCGACCAGAACUCACCGAGGGAUGACAAGCUCAUUCAUGAGCUCAGAAGCAAGCUGCCAACCACACCCAUCAUUAAGACAUCAUCUACUGCAGGAUGUCCGGCAAUGGCUUCAACACUUCAAAGGAAACCCAUCAAGUCAGUGUCCUUUCAACAGGAAUCGUUCGACUUUGAAAGGGACGAAAACCCGAAGGACGAACGGAAGUGGGGAGUGGUCGGAGUAUUCGGACAGCAAAAAUUUCCGGUCGUAUGCCGAAGCGGAGGAAGUGCUCUUCCAACACCGGAAGAAGCGACGAGUUGGAAAUCCGACGACACUCCGGCGCUCUCGACGACCGCGAGAAACGAAUUCAAUGAUCCUGAGGACGCUUUCAUCGCCCCGGUAACCGAUCGGGAAAAAAGAUGUCUGGCUGUUCCGAUCGGAGAUCCGAUUCGCGACAAGAAACGGAGGCUUCUGCGGACGAAAAGCACGCCGCAGCAUCCCUGUGCUCCUGACGAGAGACUUUUGAACUCUCCGGUUACACCUUCCACGGAGAAUUCGACUUUGAGAACGAUUAGAGAUCACGAGGUUGCAAUUGAUAAGACGACCGCUUUUUCAGCCGCGAGUAACGAACUUCCGGUGUCUAAGACCGAAACAAGGAGCGAAAUACUGGGAACAGAAACAAAUCCAGAGACUAAAGCGACGUCUUCUUUCUCUGAGCCGCAAUUUCAAACGAGGAAAGAACGCGAAUGCUGGCAUUUGUAUAGAAGGAUGUGCGAUAAAGGAGUUUACGUAUCGUUCGACACUGUUCUCAGAGGCAUGCUAACACCAACGGAAUACCGGUUGCGGCAAAAGGAAGCAUCGCCAUCUGACUGCUGACGUGGC